AUGGAAAGGAAGUCCGAACGACGCAUUCGGGCCCUCUCAAUGCUGAUGGAUGUGUUGAAUGAAAAACCUGACGAACACCAUCCCGCACGCGCUAGUCUCCUUGGUAAUCCACCGCCGCAGAUGAAACUGAUGGAGGAGGUGAAGAAGGGGACCAGACUCCCAGUCGUCGCUUCUGAUCCCGCUCUCGCUGCAUCCGUCGCCAGCUCC